AUCCCUCAACCCUAACCCCCUAAUAUGUAAAUUAGAGCGUGUAAAAGAGUGAGAUCUGGCUUUCUCUGGGUCGUGUUUGAACUAUCGAUUCACCAAAACAGGAUUUAAGACGGUUUUACCCAUGGGUCAGAAAGGCUCGAGAGAGCAACUCUUCCCCGGGGACAUUGUGGAGUUCCCCAGGAACAAAUAUUUCUCCCAUUUUGCCGUGUUCUACGGCGAGAGGGAUGGGAUCCCCUACGUGGCCCACCUGACCUGCCGAGACUCAGACUCCAAACACGUCCUGUACGGGAGGGCGAUGCGGUCGGCAGUGAGGCUGGACCCCCUGGAGUUGAUGGGGAAACGAUACAAGGUCAACAACAUGUUGGAUGGCGCCUUCCCGGCAAGAGACUUCCACACGGUGGUGAAGGAGCUAAUCGACGACGCACUCGGUAAGGAUGUGACCUUCGACAUCCUCUUCAACAACAGCGAGCACCAGGCCACCCAGCUACGCUACGGGGUCAAAAGGUCACAGCAGAUAGAGACGAUCUACGAACACAUCAUGCCCGCUUGGAAGAAGCUCUUCAAGCACAACAGCCUUUGAAGACACCCCACAGCAGGGGGCGACUUGGCAACAUGGAUUUACCCUCUUUCACCGUUCUUAAAGAAAUCCCAGACUCGGCCACUAGGGGGGAUCAAAGUUCAACUGGUUUGUGUGUGUCAAGUGUGACAAAUGUUAACAGGUAUUGUCGAAAAAAGCAAUUUAGCUAUUUUAAGAAUUCAAUCUUUCCCUUGAAAAUAUGUUUUACACCAAACAUAAAUUAAUAAAAUUAUAACGUAUAUAAUAAUUAGCAAAUAUAAAAUAAUAUACCAAAUUUCAUUUUUGAUAACAUUUUAGAUUUUGAUAAAAAUAUAAUUUUAACAAAAUCAUAAUCUGAUGCGCCGUUUCAAAACAUACUACAUGAACAGCUAAACUGGCUAAGUUGCCAUUGCCUAUCGGUCAUUUUAAGCUAUUGCAACCCUGAGAAGUAAAACAUUUGAUCUGUACGGACAAGAGAUGUGUUUGGAUGUUACCGGUGUAAUAUUGUCCCUGCAAUUAAAUGGCCCCUAUCACACCACCUGGUGUGAGUAUCAUAAGCUGUUAAAAGGCCGUGGGAAAAUCUCCCUUUUCCUGUGUUUUAGUGACGUCACAGUUGGGCCUGUCCACCUAGAUGUAUGCUGGAUAGAUGAGCAACGUUUGCUACGGUCCACUGGGAAGGCUGGUGGACCGAUUUAUUCAGCAUAUCUCAAGGUGGACUUGUGAUGUCACUAAAACAGAGGAAGAGGCAGAGUUUCAAAACGGCUUGUAACGGCUAAUCACACUCACACCUGGUGGCAUAAUAUCACCCUUUUAAACACAUGAUAUAGGGCAUCAAGUCCGCGGAACGGAAAUCCAUUCUAAAAAAUCAAUAAAGAACUUUCUCAUUUUCUGGCUUGAGUAAGUAAGUAAGUUACAAAUACAAAAAUCAAGAAAGAAUAUAUCAUACACUGUAGUGUCAUGACUAACUUAUCAUUCUAUCUGUGUCUCAGCGUCUCAUUCCUGCUUAUGUUUUGUUUCCAUUGAACCGUAAUAAAAGUUAUAAACCUGA